CAUCAUAAAAAUACUGGCUUAGAAUUUCCACAUUGCCGAUAAAAACAGUUGGCAAUCUAGUUUAUUAUCUACAUAUAUCUGUGAUGUCGUGACACAUGUUAUUCUAUAACCUAACUUCUUUCCAUUCGGUAUUAUAUUUACAUAUAGCCGGCAACAGUCGAAUGUCAUGUGAACGCGUACUACGGGUUUUUAAGUUAUUCUAUUAUAUGAUUUGUGGAAUAUUUUAGGUACUACAAUACAAUUGUGCGAUCUUAUGUCGGAUAAGACUACUAUCAAGGCUUUUAUUGGAUUUUAACAAAAUAUCCUGUUGAUAUGUUUACUAUGACGUCCCAUUCGGAAAAACAGGAGACAAUUGAUGACGAGAACAGCGAGAACCAAAAUAGUUCCAACGAAGAUAAAGGCAUUAAGUGGUCGUUGGACAUGUUGCGCACAUGUCCACUGGCAUUGAUCCGUUCCGAUCCGAGAUUGCGCAUCAUCUAUGACAGGGGUUUCGUGUCUGGUUUUUACGGGGAGCAACCGAAGGAAUCUACCGUGGUGUCAGUGCCGAAACAAUAUGCGGAAGCUGAGGCAGAGUUAGCGCAUGCAAACCCUGCGCUCGCUUUACGUUUGGGAUCGAAGACGGAGAAGCUGGCUAUGAUUGCCGCGAUGGACAGUGCUGUCGAGUCAGCGUUGAAUACCGCCCUGGAGGUCGCAGAACAUUCGUCUAUGGCGGCCCGACUAUUAACUGACAAUGACGAAGAACAGUAACUUGGA